GGCAAUCAGUUGUUUGAGUGCUAAGUAGGGCGCUUUUAUUGAUGUUUCUCACUAAUAUGGCGAGAUGACAGGAUUAUCAGAGAUAACCACAAACAUUUGAAUGCCGGCAGCAGAGAGAAGUAACGCCAAGCAACGGCAACGCUAACUGUUACGAUGUCAGGCAAAGGAGCAGACACCAAUCUUCAUGCUGGGGAAGUCGACCCCACCCUGGUGGCAAACGCUACAGCCAAUCGCAUGGCAGCUCAGUUCUUUGAAAAGUAUGACCGCUUCGAGGUGCAAGAAAUGCUGGCUCAGACUUCAUAUCACUGGUUCUUAUCUCAGGAUGAGCACAAGCUACAAGCAGAGCCACCCAAUGGUAUCAUCAUGUCGAGUAAACCCUUCCUUAAUAAUAACUGCUUGAUUCUAAUGCCCUUUGACCCAACGGUGGAACCUAUUGACUUUCGGCUCAUUCACCAAAUCCUUAGAGAACUUGUGAUGGGCAUUUACGGCCUUAAUCAGGUACCUUCAAUAACCCUAGAAGCUAACUUUGAUCAGAGUACCUCCUGCCAGUUACCGCCGGCCUACAACGAUACGUACGUCGGCCAGCUCCUCACCAACGUGGACUACAUGAUGAAAGCGUUGUGGCACGGGGCCUACUUCCCCAGAGAUAAACGCACCAAGUUCUCCGAGCGCUGGCGCUCAAGCCUCGACGUCAACGCGGAAGGGGUACCCGAAUCUAAGAAGAUCGUCCUCACAGAAUUUACAUUGGCAGGAAUGAUUGAUGUCACCAAAGAUCCUGACUACGCGACCAUCUAUGACAACAUGAGGCUCUUCCCAAUGAGCAAGCACGACGCUAACAUUGACAAACGUCUCUUCAUGCAGUACGUCAACGACAUGUCGGUGCAGUUGACGUGGAGACAGAAGACUGUCCAGCAGCACAAUAACUUGUUUGUGAUUGAUGCAGCUUAUGAGGUUUCCGGAGUCUUGAGGCUUCAUGAGGACAGGACUGACCGUGAUAUAUACGAGAGACUGCAGACAAGAUUACAGGCCCAUGUUGAUGUUAUCGAGAAACAUUUGUGCAACAAGGCCGAGGUACGGCGCCAGAUGUCUCUCUUGAGGCUGAUCAGUUUCCUCGUUCCAUUCUUGAUGGGACUAAGGAGAAAGAACAAAGUCCCAGACAUGUCCAGACUUCUACCUCAACUUACAGCUGAUGAAUGCAAGACAGAAAGGGAACUCCCACCCUUGAUGCUGUCCCCGGAGUUCCGCUGCCCAAACUUUGACUUUGGUAACAAGUAUUUCCACCUCCAUGGAGGCAUCCAGAUCGACAUCGAAGGCGAUGACGUGGUCCUCGACCCCCCUGAGGUCAUCCUCAACCACUACAACAAGAUCCAGUUGGAGGCCACGGAGAGACUGGCGAAGCUGACGGAACCUGACACGUUCCAGGAGUCUUAUCCUAUGGUUGUCAUUGAGCUUGGAGGAAAGAAAUACUAUGCAUUCUCGAUGGACCUUGAGACCUACUACCCUGUGUCUCCGCCACGCCCCCUUUGGUGUCAUUCAUUCUACGAGAAGAUCAAGGAUUUGAAGCCAAAGAGAUUACCCUUGACUGAUAUCCACAUGCACGAACAAUUCAAGCGGAGAUACGGAUACCACCAAGCCAUCAAGUUUAAGUCCUUACAAGCUGGUCUCAGGCAAGCGGCAAUCAGAGGCCUAGUCUCUGUAUUUCAGACCCUCGCUCGUAAAUGUCCCGCAUCUCGUCUUGGCAACCAAGACGAGGAUGGCUACUCCCUGGUUCACUACGCUGCCCUUCACAACCGCGCUCAGAUCCUUCAACUACUUAUGAUACAAGGCCAAGAUAUCAGUGUAAGAAGGCAUCAUCUCACUACACAAGUCGCAAGUAUUUGUGGAGGCACCACUCCCCUUCAUCUUGCAGCCAAGAGUGGAAGCUUGGAUGCCGCCCUGUUGAUGGUGAGUAACCAUGGCGAUAUGGUGAGUGCUGACAAUGCUGGCUGGGCAGCGAUACACCAUGCAUCCUUCUACAACCACGCUCCCAUCGUUAGGAUGUUCAUUAGGAAGUUUGAAGACCAGAUGGAACUGGAAACGUGGGAUAAGUUGCGACAGACCCCUCUGCUACUAGCUGCCAGCAGCGGGGCCUUAGAGUCGGUCAAGAUCCUGAUAGAGCUAGGUGCGAAGAUCCUCAAGACGGACAUGGAGAAGAACAACAUGGUUCACCUGGCUGCUCUAAGGUUCCACACCUAUGUCCUAGAGUUCUUCAUUGAAUGGAAUCACAAGGAUGCACCAGUCUGGAAGACUCUCGUUGAGAUGUUGAAUUCAACAGAUUUCCGGAAGAAAGACAGUGCUGUUCGAUCUCUAGAGGUUCUUACAACAUCUGGUAAACAUCACUGGAAGGCUAUAUUGGAAGCUAAUGGUAUCCCAGCCUUGGUGAAGAUCCUUCAGAUGAAAUCCCCCGAGAUGCAGUCCCUUGGAGCCGCAGUCCUGUGCAAUAUGUCCUGCAACGAACCAAUCUGCCACGCCAUCGCCGAAGCAGGGGGAAUCCCCACCCUCAUCAAGCUCCUGGCCUCCAACCGAGACGACAUCCAGUCCCGGACGGCCAUCAUCGUAGCCGACAUGGGCGCCUACGAUGACCACCAGACGGAGUUCAGUCGGGAGGGUGGUGUCCCGCCCCUCAUCCAUCUCCUGGAUUCAGAACUUGAGGAUGUCCUCAAGCAAGCAGUCAACGCUGUCCGGGUGCUCUGUCUCGAUCAUCACGAGAAUCAGACACUGGUGUCCAAGCAUGGUGGAAUUGCGCCUUUGGUGGAGUUUCUUACAGUCAAUUCUGAUGAACUGAAGGAGGCUUCAGCUGCUGCCCUCGCAGCCCUCACUUACGGUCACCAUGACAACCAGAAUGCUGUCAUCGCAGAGGGAGCGGUUGAGCCGCUGGUCAAGCUCAUCAAGUGUCAUAACAUCAAGGUGCAGGUCAAAGCCGCUGCGGCCUUAGAGUCUCUCGGCGAGAGCAAUCCCGACUCUCAGAGGGCCAUACUUGAUCUACACGCUCCGGGAGCUCUUAUCAAACUUCUAACGUUCUGGGCUUUAGAUGUGAAGGAGCAGGCUGCUUGCUCCUUGUGGGCUUUGGCAGGAAACACAAGGAGACAACAGAAGGAGAUAGCUCAAUACAUUGGUAUCAGUGGUAUCAUCGAUCUUAUCGUCAAGUCAGAAAGAUUACAGUAUGUGGCCUGCAAGGCAAUGAUUGCAUUGACGAGAGAAAGUUUCGACAAUCAGAAUGAAAUCAAGAAGGAGAAUGGAAUUCUUCCCCUGGUUCGUAUCUUACGCUCCACUAAAACGAUAGAAAGGGUUCUCAUGACGGUAAUCAAGGCUCUUGGGACACUCUGUAUAGGUGUGGCCAACCGGAACAACCCUGUCACCCAGAACAAGAUCGCUGAAGAGGGGGCCAUCGGUACCCUCGUGGGUCUCCUGCGCUCCUCCUCAAACCCUCACAUCAAGGUGGAGAUCGCCGUCACCCUUGGGGCUAUCAUCCUCGGUAACCGUAGCAACCAGAAGCUUCUCGAAGAGGAACCGAUGUUCAGCAUCCAUCUGCUGCUCCAGCUGAUGAAUGAAAAGGAUGAGAGUGUUCGUCUGAAAGCAGGAACAGCCCUGUCCACCUUUGCCUUCAACAACACCAGCCAGCAGUACAACAUACGGGAAGCAGGAGGGAUCAGGAUGUCAAACUUCCAGAGAUUCUUGGAGUCCGAGGAUGAUAGUCAUCAAGCCCAUGCUGCUUUUCAGAUUGUGGUUCUGGCCCGUGUAAUCGUUGACAGGGAUCAGGUAUCAUUGUCAGCUGAAGGAGUAACAAGGCUGGUGGGAUUACUCAAGUCUGAGAAUCAAAACACUGUUAUCCUUGCAGGGAGCCUCCUUGCCAGUCUUGCCCAUACCAGGGCGGGUAUACCCGAUGCCAUGAUCACAUCCGGUGCUGUCGAUAUCCUCAUCAACCACCUCAACUCCGACAACAUCGAAGUCCGUAGCUCCUCGGCAGUGGCCCUUGGCUAUCUGACAUUCAACAGGACGGCGACGCGGCUUUUGCUGAUCGCCACCAGGAACACGCCGGGUCUCUUCCAGAAGCUGAUGGACAACCUGGAUAAAGAUGGCAAGAUCUCUGAAGACUUCACUGAGGAGUUCAGAAGACAACAGGUUGUUGGACUACCGGCUCUAAGCUUGGAGAAGCAUGGAGGACCAUCAGCUGUACCUCCACCAAGACCAAGAGGCUCAAGCAGGCAACAUAGUCGACCAAACACGACCAUGGGUUUCAACAGCCGUCCCACCACAGCAGCUUCCUCCAAAUCGGGUAAACCGCCCCCAAGGUCAACCUCGGCACCGGUCCGCUCCCGUCAGGUCCGUACUCCAAAGGUCAUCACCCCUAAGGUCAUCGCCCAGGGCAACGGACGCAGGGUCAAGAUAGAGGAGGGUAACGUGUCACCGGCUAAGUCGACAAAUACAAAGGUAGCUUGGGACUAAGCGAUAGGAUUCUCCCCUUGUUUCUUGAAGUCAUUUGUGUGUCAUUUCAACCUGUCUCUUAACCUGCCUGUAUUGAAAUCUUGUGCUCAAAUAGCACAUUUAGUAAUACUGGUGGGUGUUUCAUAAAGCUGUUCGUAAGUUAAGAGCCACUUUAAGAACGACUGGUGAUCAUUUCUUGUGGUAAAUGGUAUAUACUGGUAUAAUGGUUUAAUCGGAGAUGGUUUAGUGCGUAAGAAAGGAUCACCAGUCGUUCGUAAAGUCGUUCUUAACUUACGAACAGCUUUACGAAACGGCCCCCUGGUAAUAAUGUGUUAUACUCUGCAUUGUUUGUGCAGUGUAAUGCCUUUUUAUAUUUGUUUUGCCUUAUUGUAUUGUUUUUUGUUUGUUUUGCAAUUGACUCGUGUGUGAACAAUACUUAAUUAAUGCCAUGUGAAAGCAUUAAGAAGGUUUUGCUCCACAACACAUGAUGGAUGAAAGAACAUAAUAAAAUGUAUCGUAAAAUGCCCUUCAUGACAAUGAUCAACCAAGAAAUCUUUGACAAAACUUCAUGAAUCGAAGAGCAGUUUUGUCCGGGGGAGCGUUUCAUGAAAGGACUUGUCGGACGAUUUAUCUGACAAGUCCUGUUUUAUCCGACAUUUACCAUAGUAA